UUUAAAAACCUAUUUCAUUGUCCAGUGUCUUCUCCAAAAUCCGUUUCUUCUUUGCUCUAUAUCUAUAGGCUGCAACUGAAUAACCACGUCCCCAAAUUACCCCUACAAAUGAACUUAAUUACUUCAACUUGCCUUCCGAUUACACGCUUGGGCCGUUACUGUACUGUAAUUCCAACACCACAGCAAUUUCUCAUGAACAAUUUCAGGCAUUCAUUCCCACUUUACCCCUGCUUAUUUCUCGAUACUCCCCAAAAGCCUUCCAUUGCCUUUGCCAAGAAGAGAAAUUCUCAGCCAAAGUCCGAGCCGAUUCUCGAACGUUCCAUUAUCGAAGACGUCGCCAUGAAUGAGGAUGAAGAUAUGGAAGAUGACCCUUUUCUUGAGGAUGAGGAGGUUGUAGAUGAUGAUGGUUAUUUUGAGGACGAGUAUUUUGCAGAAGAGGCCGAAUCUUAUGUUGGGGAUGGAGCUGGAGGAGGUGGACUAUCUCUCGCUGGUACAGCAUGGGAUAGAAAAGCUUAUGAAAUUGCUGAAGAAGUUGCUUUAUCUUUCAAUGGAGAACUAGGUAUAUAUGCCUUCAAGACGCUGCUAAAUGCCACUAUUCAAGUUCGUAUUGAAAGACUUACAAAUAAGUCUGGUUCUCCUAGUAUGAUGGAUAUUGAAACUUUCUCCACAACAUAUAGAGCAUGGCUUGAUGAAGCUGAGGCUGCUGGAUCUAUUCCCGAGAACAUAUCUCUUGAGGUGUCUUCUCCUGGCGUUGAAAGAGUUGUUCGGAUUCCACAAGAUCUCGAACGUUUUAAGGAUCGUAACAUGUAUGUGAAGUAUGUCACUGAAGCAGCGGAGACUGGGUUAUCAUCUGAGCAUGAUGGAGUCUUCAGGCUCAUAUCUUUUGAUUCGGAAGCUAGUAGUUGCACCUGGGGAUUAGCAGAUGUAAGGGUAAAUAGAGAAAAAGCCGGGAAGGGAAGGCCACUUAGCAAAAAGUAGCGAGAAUGGCGAAUAAACACGCCGUUUGAUUCCCUGCAUUUAGUUCGAUUGCAUUCUGAAAUUUAAUGACCAAUCAUUUUUAAUCCGCUCUGUCAUAUAUCAAAAACGGGGUAGUAAUAAAGACUGCUUUCAAGCAUAAGAAUCAAUUCUUCCUCAUAGUCCACACAAAUGAGUAGAUGAGAAAAUUUUGUGUUACCCAUGUAGUCAGCUUUGCCAUGUUUGAUCAUCAAGAACGACGUACAGAAUAGGAGCAUGUUUUGCACACCAUACUAGAUAGUAAUAUGGACAAGAUUUUAGCUUAUUUUUCUUCCUUCAAGAGCUUUAUACAGUCAAGAAAAAAUUAUACAAUUUUUGUAAUUUAUGAGUUACUGAAUUGCUACUA